CUAAGGAUAAUGGCUUUGUUUGGACCAGUGUUUUUAAUUAGUGUUAGAGUUUUGAAUAUUUUUAAUGAUGCUGAUUAACUUUGAAAAUGUUAUAACAUAAUGCUCCUAGCAUUGUGUUCAUUCUAAAAUAACGUAGUGCUCAUUUUAUAAUUUUUUUAAAUAACAAGGCCCCCCUUCAAUUCUCCUUCUCCUCACAUGUGCCCACUCACUCCACCACCCUUCUCUGGUUUUCCUCUCUUUACCCCCAAAUACGAACCGCGUCUUGCCCUUUCAGUUCUUUGAAGAAGGAAAAAAGUCCCCAAAAGGCCAAAAACAGCCUUAAAUUCUUGAAAUUCCGUUUUCUCUUGUAAACCCUACACCCAAUUCUCGUUUCUCUGAAAAAAAGACACCCUUUUUCUUCUCAGACCCAAUCCGCUGUUUCUCUCCAAAUGGGUUUUCGCGAGCUUCCAUUUUUACUGUUUCUUGUGAUUUUCGCUUUACUGUUUCUGCAUGCAGUGUCUCAAGCUGGCGGCGACGAUGACGCUUCUGCCAUGCUGGCUCUCAAGAAGAGCCUAAACCCACCGCUGGAAAUGGGCUGGUCCGACCCGGAUCCGUGCAAGUGGAGCCACGUGGUUUGCUCCGGCGACAAGCGGGUGACCCGCAUCCAAAUCGGGCACCAGAAUCUUCAAGGUACUCUUCCUCCUGAACUCUCCAGGCUCACCCAGCUUGACCGCUUGGAGGUCCAGGGGAACAAUAUUUCUGGGCCUUUGCCCAGCUUGAAUGGGUUGAGUUCAUUGCAAGUGUUAAUGCUUAGUAACAAUCACUUCACUUCAAUUCCGGAUGAUUUCUUUGCGGGCUUGUCGUCUCUGCAGUCUGUAGAGAUUGAUAACAACCCUUUAGCUACUUGGCAAAUCCCUGAUAGCCUUAGAAACGCUUCGACCCUGCAAAAUUUCUCAGCGAAUUCGGUGAAUUUGAUGGGUAGAAUUCCAGGGUUUUUCAACCCGGAUGGGUUUCCCGGUCUGGCGAACUUGCAUUUGGCUCUUAAUAACUUGGAAGGGGAAUUGCCUUCAGGCUUUUCCGGAAUGUCCAUUGAGUCGUUGUGGUUAAAUGGGCAGAAACUUGGUGGUGGAAUUGAUGUUUUGCAGAACAUGUCAAUGUUGAAAGAGGUUUGGUUGCAUUCCAACGAGUUUUCAGGUCCUUUGCCAGAUUUUUCUGGCUUGAAGGCUUUGCAAGUAUUGAGCCUUAGAGACAACUCCCUAACAGGUCCGGUUCCAUUGUCGUUGGUGAACCUCGAUUCCUUGAGGGUUGUUAACGUGACUAACAAUUUACUUCAGGGGCCAACUCCAAAGUUCAAAGACUCAGUUUCUGUUGAUUUGGUGAAAGAUACUAAUAGCUUUUGUUUGCCACAGCCUGGUGAUUGCGACUCUAGAGUAAACACAUUGCUUUUGAUUGCAAAAUCCUUGGGCUAUCCUAGAAAAUUUGCCGAGAAUUGGAAGGGGAAUGACCCCUGUGCAGAUUGGUCUGGGAUUACGUGUAAAAAUGGGAAUAUCACUAUUGUUAACUUUCAGAAUAUGGGGCUUACUGGUACGAUUUCUCCUGCGUUCGCUUCGUUUAAGACACUACAACGGCUAAUCCUAUCCAAGAAUAAUCUUAGUGGCAUAAUUCCAGAGGAGCUCACUAGUAUUGACACCCUUACUGACUUGGAUGUAUCCAACAACCAGCUCUAUGGGAAAGUUCCAGCGUUUAAGAAUAAUGUGAUUGUGAAUACCAACGGGAACCCCAACAUUGGUACAGACAAGAGUGAUGCAAAUUCUCCAGCCUCAAAUCCUCCUGGUUCACCUAAUCCUGGUUCUGAUGACAGGGGGACUUCCCUACAGUCUCCCAAGAAAUCUAAGAGUUGGAUUUUAAUUUUAUGUUCUGUACUUGGCAGUGUUUUAUUGCUUUGUUUAAUGGGGAUAGUGGCUUUCUUUGUGUGCAAAAACAAACAAACGCGCUCUAGCAAAGUGCAGAGUCCUCCUAGUGCAAUGGUGAUCCAUCCUCGACAUUCUGGUUCUGAUAACAACAACAGUGUGAAGAUCACAGUUGCGGGUUCGAGUGCUAGUGUUGGUUCGCAAAGUGAAAUCCAUACGGUUUCCAACAAUCAAACCACCGAGUUUGAAAUGGGUGAGGCUAGAAAUUUGGUGAUCUCAAUUCAAGUCCUAAGGAAUGUCACAAACAAUUUCAGUGAAGACAGCAUAAUAGGCCGUGGGGGUUUUGGGACUGUCUAUAAGGGAGAGUUACACGAUGGAACAAAGAUUGCAGUGAAAAGAAUGGAGGGUGGAAUCAUUGCUGGUAAGGGGCUAGCAGAGUUUAAAUCAGAAAUUUCUGUUUUGACAAAGGUGAGGCAUAGGCAUCUGGUUGCCCUACUCGGGUACUGCCUCGAGGAGAAUGAGAAGCUUCUUGUGUACGAGUUCAUGCCUCAAGGGACUUUAAGUAGGCAUCUUUUUGAGUGGGCAGGGGAAGAGAAAGGGCUGAAGCCGCUGGAGUGGACAAAAAGGCUGACGAUAGCAUUAGAUGUUGCAAGAGGGGUGGAGUAUUUGCACACAUUAGCACACCAAAGUUUCAUUCACAGGGAUCUUAAGCCUUCAAAUAUUUUGCUAGGAGAUGAUAUGCGGGCUAAGGUAUCAGAUUUUGGUCUUGUUAGACUUGCCCCUGAAGGGAAAGGCUCUGUCCACACCAAGAUCGCUGGAACUUUUGGAUACCUGGCACCAGAGUAUGCAGUAACGGGAAGAGUAACAACUAAGGUAGAUGUAUACAGCUUUGGAGUGAUCUUGAUGGAGCUUAUCACAGGCCGGAAGGCUCUGGACGAGACCCAACCAGAGGAGAGCAUGCACUUAGUGACCUGGUUCAGGAGAAUGCAUCUAAACAGGGAGUCCUUCCGUAAGACAAUAGACCCUACGAUUGAUUUCAACGAAGAAAUACUAGCGAGCAUAAGCACUGUUGCUGAACUUGCCAGCCACUGCUGUGCAAGAGAGCCACACCAAAGGCCUGAAAUGGGACAUGCGGUUAACGUCCUAUCUUCCUUGGUAGAGUUCUGGAAGCCUUCAGAGGAGAGCUCAGAGGAUGUUUAUGGCAUUGACUUUGACAUGUCCUUGCCUCAAGUUCUUAAGAAAUGGCAGGCAUAUGAAGGCAGCACAAGCCACAUGGAUUACUCCUCCACAUCUUAUGCUCCGAGUUUCGAUAACACCCAAACGAGCAUACCCGUCCGCCCGUUUGGAUUCGCUGAAUCGCUCACGUCCACGGAUGGCAGGUGAAGCACUCUCCAGUUAUGUUUUUCCUAAGAAAUAAGUAUUCGGAUUCGAUGUAGCUAAGUUGUUGAGUUCGGAUGGGUUACUGUUUUGUUCCUGAUUGUGUAGGUGUCAGAUUUUUAUAUUGUUGGCUUCUCUGUGAAAAAGGGGUCCUUAAAAGUCACAAUGGUGCAGUUUCUUUUCUAGUUGUAAAUUCAAUCCAUCAGUGAAAAACUUGAUUGAUCAUCACUUGUCCAAUGUUGGUGCAAAAUGUUUUGCUUCAUAGAACCCUGAAAGAGUGGUAUACAUAUAAAAAAAGGGCAAUGCUAGGG